UUGCUGCCAUCAUAAACUUGGUAACAUCUAUCAUGUGUCCCAGUGCCCACCCAAAGCCUCCCAACCCAGAAAAUGAUGUCUCUGAGAUUCUUUCUUCUUCUCCUGUUUCAAUUCUCAGUCUCUGGAAUCCUUGCAAUAAAUAAUGAAGACCCAACAGCUAAAACUAUGGAAGACUUCUCUGGAUACCCGUUUCACGAACCAACUGAUUACCCAUCUGCUCCUCCAAACUCACUGCUUUCUCUCCUUAGAGUUGACACCACAACUCUCCAAAACCAGAUCGAUGAGCUUUCUACUUUAUCGGAUACUCCUGCCCCAUCUGUUACUAGGAUUUUGUACACUGAAAAGGAUGUUUUGGCACGCAGGUACAUCAAAAACUUGAUGGGACUCUCUGGAUUGUCUGUUAGAGAGGAUGCUGUGGGUAACAUAUUUGGUCGCUGGGAUGGUUAUGAGCCAGAUCUUGCUCCAGUUGCGACUGGUUCUCAUAUCGAUGCUAUUCCAUAUUCUGGGAAAUAUGAUGGAGUUGUUGGUGUUUUAGGUGCAAUAGAAGCCAUAAAUGUGCUAAAAAGGUCUGGGUUCAAACCUAAAAGAUCACUGGAGGUUGUCUUGUUCACCUCAGAAGAGCCAACACGCUUUGGGAUUAGCUGCCUGGGAAGCCGCUUAUUGGCAGGGAGUGAAGCACUUGCAGAAGCUCUGAAGACUACUUUUGAUGGCCAAAAUAUAUCCUUUUUGGAGGCAGCUCGAUCUGCUGGGUAUGCGAAAGAACAAGAUGACAUAUCCAGUGUUUUCUUAAAGGAAGGAAGUUACUCUGCUUUUGUGGAGCUGCAUAUCGAGCAGGGACCCAUUCUAGAAGCAGAAGGUCUAUCUAUAGGUAUAGUAACUGCAAUUGCAGCCCCUGCAAGCUUGAAAGUAGACUUUGAAGGCAAUGGGGGCCAUGCUGGAGCUGUCUUGAUGCCAAAUAGAAAUGAUGCUGGACUGGCAGCUGCGGAGUUAGCACUAGCUGUUGAGAAACAUGUAUUGGGAUCUGGUUCCAUUGACACUGUUGGUACAGUAGGUAUUUUGGAGCUGCAUCCUGGAGCAAUCAACAGCAUCCCAAGCAAAUCACAUGUAGAAAUUGACACACGAGACAUUGAUGAAAAGCGAAGAAAUGAUGUAAUUGAAAAAAUUCAUCAAUCUGCCACUACAAUAGCUAGCAAGCGCGGGGUCAGGCUAUCAGAGUUCAAAAUCGUAAAUCAGGACCCACCAGCGCUUUCUGACAAAUCAGUGAUUGAGGCAAUGGAAGCUGCAUCAAAAGAGUUGAACCUAACACAUAAGUUGAUGAUAAGCAGAGCUUACCAUGAUUCCCUGUUCAUGGCUAGGGUAUCUCCUAUGGGCAUGUUGUUCAUUCCAUGUUACAAAGGAUACAGCCAUAAACCUGAAGAAUACGCAUCCAGUCACGACAUGGGAAAUGGGGUGAAAGUAUUAGCAAUGACCCUUGCCAAGCUGUCCUUGAACUAAUGCGUUCUUUGCCACUCUUGCUAAAUACCGCUUAGUUUCCCAGAUAGAAAACUCCUAGAACUCCGCUCUAUAUUACAGGACUCGACAGUAGGACAUUUUUAAUAAGGCAUCUGAUUAUUCCAUGCCCAAUUCUCAUCUCUAAAAUAUGUGAUGUAAACUUUUUAUUUGAAUCAACGACGUUGGAGAUUCCAGCAGUAA